AUGGUGGACCAGUCUGCUUUAAGAAGCCAGCUAGAUGCCAUUCAGACCAUGACAGCAAUUAUUGUUGAGAAACCAAAAGUGAGCCACCAUAGAGGAGGCAUAUUCAAGAUCAAUGACCAAACUGGCCAAGACUGCCAGCAACUGCUCUCAACUAGGACAAAGGAGGAGGUGGCGUCCACUCUGGAGGCUGUGCAGACCAUCCAAAGUGUGUCUCAGGCCUUACAGAAGAGCAAAGAGAACUACAUCAGCAAAACACUAGAGCAAGAACGCAUGCGCAAAGAGGGGGCCACACAGAGAGACCUGGACAAGGCUGGGUUGAAGGUCAAGAAAGCCACUGAGACCUAUAAGUCAUAUGUGGAGAAAUAUGCCACUGCAAAGACAGAAUUUGAGCAAAGAAUGACAGAAACCGCACAAAAAUUCCAGGGCAUUGAAGAGGAACAUGUUCUGCGUAUACAGGAGAUUAUCCAUUCAUACUGUCAGUCUGUUGAAGAGACGCACAUACAGAUAGGAGAGGUGCAAGAAGAGUUUGUGAAAAACAUGGAGAACACUUCCGUCGAGAGCCUCAUACAGAAACUGGCAGAAAGCAAAGGGACCGGCAAAGAGAGACCAGGGCCCAUUGAAUUUGAGGAAUGUAAUGUCUCAAUCGCCACAGAAGGUGUUAAACCCAGAAAAAGGAAGACCUUUGCCAUACCAGGCAGACGGAGAGAUAAAGACACAGAUUCCACUGAAUCGGCUGAAGUAGAAGCGGCUAACACUUCCAACGGAGCUCCCCCGGGUUUCUACGGUGCUAUAGAUCUUCAUAACGCCAAUGUGCCUCAGCUGGACGAGGAGGGCUUCUGUAUCCGACCAGAAGUCAACGAGAAUGAUGCCAAAGAGAACUCCUUUUAUUCAUCCAGUGACUCAGAAGAUGAAGACGAGCCAAGAAAAUUCCACGUCCAGAUCAAACCCGUGCAGACUAACAACGGCACACACCAGCACAAAGCCACCAUCGACGAGCUGAAGGCCUCUAUUGGAAACAUCACCCUCUCGCCCACCCCUGCUGUUCAUAUGAAGAGAAACCAAUCCAGAAUGACACGGCAACAAACAUUCCCUGCUAUAAAACCAAAGGCAGGUGAUGAACUGGGACGGUCCAAGAUAGCGCAGACAUCCUUUAAUGAUAAUGACCUGCUGUCUUUGGAUCCAUUUGGCCCGACCAGCACUGGCUCCAGCUCCUCGCUACCCCACUCAUCAGACUUGGCUUCUCUCUUCUUAGCAUCUUUCCCUACAUCUCCCCCACUGCAGUUAAAUGAUGAGGUUUUUGAAGACCCAGAAGUGGAUUUACAGUGGGAGCCCACCUCUCCUUCCGCAGUCAGUCUUGAGGUUACCGAGGCUCCUUCUUUCCCCCUUCCCUCCAAACUGCCUCCUCCUGCUGGUCUUGCCAAGCCGAGCUCCUCGCCAUUCCCUGUUCUCCCCUCUGCUCCCUCCAUCUCUCCUUGGGAGCUUCCUGAUAAGGCUGUUGCUCUCCUCCACCCUGGCCCAACUCGAGCUAUGAGCGUGCCUCCAGCCCUACAGUCCACUCCUAAGGACUGUGCUACCCACAAGCCCCCUCUCAGUGCUCCCGCGGCUGGUCCAGACAUGUUUUCUUCUUGGGCCCAGAACCAAUGGAUUGCCUUUCCAUGUCGUGGACCGUCCCAUCAACCAGCGAGGCCUCGUUCAGUCCCUGUGUCUCAACAGCUCAAGGUUUUCUCCAGAGAGCCUGCUGACCCAUUUGGCAGCACUGGGAGAGAGGAGAGCGCCCCCACUCUAAAGGAAGCACCAGCCCGACCCAUGCAGGAUGUACCACCUCCAAACAGGCCAACCACUCCCCUGGGCACAGCAACCAUUGUCCCGCCUCCAAGACCAUUAUCACGGCCCAAACUACCUGCAGGCAAGCUGACGGGCAUCAAUGAGGCUGGCCGACCGUUCAGCCCUCCUAAGAUAUCCAACUCCAGCCCUCCUCCCGCUGCUCCUCUGGCUCAUGCAGAGAGCUCCUCCUCUCUCAGCUCAAACACCUCCUUGAGCACCAGCAACACACCUACUGUCGAGGACGAUCUGUUCGUGGGGAAACUGCCCACUUUUGAGAAGAGAUGUGAGACUCCGGCAGGGACAUCUCGUGGGCCCAGUCCAGUGACACUGGCUUCCCAGGAUGCAUUGCCCAUUGCGGUGGCAUUCACAGAGUCGGUUAAUGCCUAUUUCAAAGGAGCAGAUCCCAGCAAGUGCAUUGUGAAGAUCACAGGAGAUAUGACCCUGUCCUUCCCCAGUGGCAUCAUCAAGAUUUUCACCUCUAGUCCAUCUCCUGCUGUACUCAGCUUCAAACUCUCAAACACCAGCAGAUUAGAGCAAAUCAUGCCCAACCAACAACUACUGCACAGUGACUCCUCCCAGAGCGACACAAACACUAAAGACUUUUGGCUGAACAUGCCUGCACUGACGGCGUACCUCAGGAAGAGCUCUGAGCAGAACCCUACUGCAUCCUAUUACAACGUGGACAUCUUAAAGUACCAGGUAUGUUCAAAUGGGAUUCAGUCAACACCUCUGAACCUUGUGGUGUACUGGAAAUGCACUCCUAGUACUACAGACCUGCGAGUGGACUAUCGAUACAACCCAGAGGCCAUGCAGCCCCCCGCAGCACUCACAAAUGUACAGGUGUUAGUGCCCGUCAAUGGAGACGUCACAAACAUGCAGUCACUCCCCAAUGCCAUUUGGAAUGCAGAACAGAGCAAGUCAUUUUGGAAAGUGAGUGACAUCUCUGACAAGUCUGAAAAUGAAGGCUCUGGAUCUUUGAGAGCAAAGUUCGAGCUGUCUGAUGGUCCAUCCAUCCCUGCCACCCUGGCUGUUCAGUUCUUCAGCGAGGGCAGCACUCUGUCUGGUGUAGAUGUGGAACUGGUUGGCUCCGGUUACCGACUCUCCCUCAAUAAGAAGAGAUUUGCCACUGGGCGCUAUAUGGCUGACUGCUGAGAUCUGAGUAGAGGCCUGUCCGCUCUCAAAUGCAGGGAACCUGGAGGUUCAUUUCUGUUCAUUCAUUAAUUCUGUCACUGCUUCUCAAUGAAAGUUAUGGAGGAUCAUUAGGGGGGAUGGGAAAAGAGAGCUGUCUGCGUGAAGGCCUCUCAUGCUUCUGUUUUCUCUCCACAUUGUGAACGAUCCAGUUCCAGUGAAUCACCUUCUGGAGACUCGAGAUUUUUAUACUACAGUAACGUAGCACUGAGUAUCAAACACUGUGUACAAAGAAAAAAGAAAAAAAAGAAAAGAAAAAAGAAGGAAUGUCAGGAUAUUGGUGAAUGAAAUCAUUAAUCUUUGAUACUUUUUGAUCAAUUCAGACUUUUAUAAAGUCAGACUGUUAGUGUUUGUUAUUUUGAAAUGUAUAGUUAACAAUUUGCAUUAUGAAUUAGAGGUGUAUAAACAUAUAGCAUAUCUAAGCAAAAAAAAAAAAAAA